AUGCAGGCACGCUUUCCACCUGCAUUGUAUUCUCAAGUGGCUUUCCUCGGAGACGUCGCGGAACCAUUGCCCUCUAUGUCGACAGGAGUGGCAGUUUCAGCAACGGUAACAGCAAGCGAGCAAGAGCAGAGUACAGCAAGAGACGCUCGCGUACGGCGGCGGGGCACAGAGCGGCACGUGACCAGAAGGGUAAAGCGACGCACCAUCGACCGCUAUGUCGCAAGAAAACACAUUUUGUGGAGUCGCUUUGAUGAAGGCAUUCAGAUGACCUGGAAUUCUUUCUACGAAGUGACGCCAGAGCCGAUCGCCUUGCAUAUUGCUACGCGAUUUCAGACCAGAAUAGCGGACUCUCUACUCGUAGCCGACCUCUUUGCAGGCGUCGGGAGUAAUGCGAUCGCGAUGGCAAGACUCUUGACCAAAGACGCACCUCAGCGUUUGCCAUACGUUGUUGCCGUGGACCAUAACGCGGUCAAGUGCGAGAUGCUACAACAGAAUGCGCGUAUCUAUGGCGUUGCACAGCGGAUCGACGUCGUUAUUGGCGAUGCAUUCGCGUUCGUCCGGCGCUGGCGGAGAAUGUUCGACGGGGGUUUUGCGAGCCCGCCCUGGGGUGGACCCGCCUAUCGACGCCGUCCAGUUUAUAAUUUGGAUGCCAUGCGGCCAUACUGUGCUUCAGAAAUUUUUCGCUUGGGGUGGCAAGUUUCGCCGAAUUUCGCAGUCUUGCUGCCGCGCAAUAGCGACGUAUCGCAACUGGCCGAGAUUGCACGGAGGCGCCCCCUCGAGGUUGAAGAGAACUGGUUGGAAGGUCGACUGAUCACGCUUACUGUUUACUCGGGUGCACUUGUUCAGCCCUGA